GCUAAUAGAAGUACAGUAGGAAGAUUUUUCCUUUGUGAGACCAGCUUUACAUGCCUGGUCAUUUGACCUGCCAUGAACAUCUCACCUUGGACCAGUGGAAUAAAGUUGGUUCACUUGGAUUUGAAGGGGGCUCCUCCCAAAAUAGAAUACUUGCAGAAGCUAAUUCCCCUGUUGGCUCGUCUGGGUGCAGAUGGAUUACUUGUGGAAUAUGAGGACAUGUUCCCCUAUGAGGGAGACCUGAAAAUCCUUCGAGCUAACAGCCAUCCUCCAUAUAGCCGUCAAGAGGUCCAAAUAAUACAGGAUGCAGCCAGGGCCAGUGGUUUGGAGGUCAUCCCACUGGUGCAGACCUUUGGGCACCUAGAGUUUGUCCUGAAGCACAAGCAGUUCUCAGAGCUGCAGGAGGUUGGGUACUGCCUCGGGACCCUGAAUCCCCACAGGGAGCGCAGCUUGCAGCUGGUGCUUGAGAUGGUGCGGCAGGUGCUGGACCUACACCCCCAUGCCAAAUACCUGCACAUCGGGGCAGACGAGGUCUACCUCCUUGGCCAAGGGGAAGAAUCGAGGCAAUGGCUAAAUAUUCCCAGCCAUGACAUACACCACCUUUUUCUCAGUCAUGUGAAAAAUGUGGUGAAGCACAUCCAAGCAACAUGGCCCUACCUCAGACUUAUCAUGUGGGAUGACAUGCUGAGGGAGAUGAGUCAUGACACUCUUAAAGACAGUGGUCUUGUUGGUCAUGUCCAGCUCAUGUUGUGGGACUACAGUCCAUUUCUUGAUGUGGAAAAUACAGUGCGUCUUAUGGAGAUGUACAGUAGGGCUGGCCUGUCGGAAAUAUGGGCAGCCAGCUCUUUUAAAGGUUCAACCAACGUGAACACCUGCGUGACCUGCACUCAGAGGCAUGUUGAUAACCACCUGCAGUGGUUGAAGGUGGCCACGGCGCAGCCCAUUGGGGCAGAAAUCCAGGGAAUCGCUAUCACUGGCUGGCAACGGUAUGAUCACCUGUCCGUCCUGUGUGAGCUGCUGCCUGUGGGCCUGCUCUCCUUGGCCUCGUGUCUUCAGACACUACGUCAUGGAGGCUUCAGUAAGGAGGCACAAGCCAGCGUCACAGAGGUUCUUGGAGUCUCCUCCAUGGAAGUGGCACAUGUGCAAAGCCCCUCUGUAGGUGGCCCCUUGAUCCCAGGCCAGAGAUUAGCUGAGUUGGUGGUGGAGCUUACUGCUAUAUUACAGUCUGAGGAGCUUCGCUUUGCACACACUAAUAUGUACGUGAAAGGCUGGUUUUCCCCAUUCCACAGACAGAAGAGGCUGGUAAACCUUGUUAUAGUGCAACAAAUUCAGCAUCAAGCAAUGAUUUUGCUGUCCAGUGUGGAGGUGAAGGUGCAGGCUCUGUGGCAAGAGAUGACCCAGCUGUUCCCCGAAGCUACUGCCCACGAAUGGGUGCAGCAGCACGUCAGCGGAGUGCUGGAGCCCCUCCGAAGCCUAGUGCAGGAUGCAAAUGCCAUCAUUCAGGAGAUGCUCCCGAGCAAUACCCACCUGCCCCCUGUUGAACAGGAAAGCUGAGAGGGGUUGCAGACUAGUAAACUGCAGGUCAAGGAGAUGUGAAGAGUGAGCUCAGAUUGGCCAGAGUUACUGCUUCAUUUUGUGCCCUUUACUUCACUCGUUACUAUAUUUUAUCAGAUAUGUAUGUAUUGUGUAUAUAUGUGUAUGGGCAAUUCAUGGCUAAGGAAGCUAAGGAACUAGACAUGCAAAUGACAACUUGCAAGUUCCUAUCCUAAAACAGAGUGUACCGUUGUACUGAUUAUAGGCUUAACCUGAAGUGCCUCACUAAAAGAGCGAGGUAUAAAUAUAAGUUGUAAUAGUGCAAGCUAUGUAAAUCAGUGUGUGAAGGCAGCUGCUGUUAGGCAUUGUAUACAAGUAAUGUAGGUUCACUUUUUAACAAGUGUCAAGUGAAAACCAACAUUGCUGUCAUCCAUCAUUUAACCUUAUAUUUAUCAGCUGCUAACCAUGUUAAAUGAGUACAGCUGUUCAUUUAAUUGUUACAGCCAUAGUAUUGCACUCAAUGUUCAAAUCCCAUUCUGUUGCAAUACACUUAAGGUUACUUACCCUGAUCUGCUGGAGUAAAAAUUACUGUUAUAUAAAAGGAUAAAACAUUGAGUAGCUUAGUGUACAACUCCAACAUUAGUGGUUUGAAGCAAGGUGUAUAAAGAACAGCUGCUUUGCAGUCCAAGCCUACCUUAUUUGUACAACCAAUAAGGUUUGUUUCAUAUUUUAUUUCGCAUGGCCGAGGGAAUUGAGUAUUAAAAAAAAAAAAAAAUUGUUUAAAAAAAAUUCAACUCGAGCAAGAAUGUUCUAGUUCAUAUUCAGUAGAGGUAAGCGUCCCCCUAUGGAAGAACCUGCAUUUUACAGCACCAGGGCCAUCCUGGACUCAUGGUUGAAGCCUUGAUAUAGAGGUACUGAAGUCUUAUUCAUACAGCUCACCAAAGGCCAACAGGCUAUCUCAGCUUUGUGAGACAAAACUGUCAUGCAUAGAAGAUUAUU